GAAGCCUCAGUUGAAAAAUAACGAAGCAAAAAAAAUUAGGAUACUUGCUAACGUUUCAGUUACUUCACUACGUAGGGGCUACAUAAUUGGUCCGCAGUAUAUCCGUCAUCGUUGGUAGUAUGUGGUUGCUAAGUUUUUUAACAAUUGGAUGUAUUUUAGGAGCAGUUUACGGUGAUGAUUGUAUACCCCGUAAAUUUGACGAAGAUAGUGUUGUCUGUGUCUGUAAUGCAACCUACUGUGACUCAGUUGCAAUUCAAGUACCCGAAAAAGGAUCAUUUCGUAGCUACACAUCAACUGUAUCCGGGCAGAGAUUGCACAGGGAGGAUGGUAUCUUUAAAACCUCCAUGAAUAAUGAAAUAGUUCUUCGGCUCGAUUUAAAGAAAAAGUAUCAAACAAUACAUGGUUUUGGUGGAGCAUUCACGGAUUCAGCUGGCUUGAAUAUCAAUUCCUUGAGUGAAGAGACUCAACAAAAAUUGAUGCAGACGUACUUUGGACGCGAUGGUAAUCGAUAUAACCUUGGUCGAGUGACUAUCGGAGGUUCGGAUUUCUCUACGCGAGGUUAUACACUGGACGAUGUGCCCGGUGAUACGACACUCUCAAAUUUCUCACUUGCACCAGAAGACGAGAUAUAUAAAAUACCAUAUAUGAAAAGAGCACUCACAUUGAAUCCCAAAAUGAGAUUCUUUGCAGCAUCGUGGACGGCCCCACCCUGGAUGAAGGUGAAUAAUCAAUAUACUGGAUUAUUUGGAAAUCUCAAACUGGAGUUUUAUCAGACGUAUGCGAACUACUUAAUCAAAUUCUUAGAAAUCUAUAAGCAAUUGGGACUACCAAUGUGGGCGAUGAGUCUCGGCAACGAGCCAAUCGACGGUUUUAUGCCAUUCGUCUCAAUAAAUGAUAUGCCCUGGACCCCUCGACAACAAGCAAAGUGGUUGGUUAAUAAUUUAGGACCAGCACUCGAACAAUCAACAUCUCAGGAAACCCUACUUUUAGCUCUUGAUGAUCAAAGGUAUCAGCUACCUUGGUGGAUAGAUAUAAUGUAUAAAACGGCAGAUGUUGAUAAAUACAUAUCUGGAAUUGCGAUCCACUGGUACGCAGAUGCAAUCACUCCUUCAACUCUUCUUGAUAUCACUCACCAUAAAUAUCCAGAUAAAUUCAUUCUAAAUACUGAGGCGUCCUGUACUCCACUUCCUUGGGACCCUACGCCAGUUCGUUUGGGAAACUGGCAUCGAGCUGAACUUUACAUUCAUGAUAUCAUUGAGGAUAUGAAUCACUGGGUGACUGGCUGGGUAGAUUGGAAUUUGGCAUUGGAUAAGUUUGGCGGGCCAAAUUGGGUGAACAAUCCCGUAGAUUCUCCCAUAAUCGUCCAGCCGGAAACCGAUGAGUUCUUUAAACAACCACUGUACUACUCAAUUGCUCAUUUCAGUAAAUUUUUACCACGUGGAUCAACGAGAAUAGCUCUGAGUUCUCACUGUGAAAUCAAAUCGGUGGCAUUCUUAACGCCUAAUAAUGAAGUUGUCAUCGUUCUUUACAAUCGGGCGAAAAAGAACAAAACCUUCAGCAUCAUGGAUCCCGAGGAGGGGGGACUGAACAUUGAGAUGGUCCCGAGAUCCAUGAAAACUAUUAUUUACAAACGAUAAUUAAAUGCCGAUAGAGGAUCGAUUUGAGUAUUUGUUCAACCUUUCCAUUGGAGUCAAUUAAUGCGGUAAUGAUUACACGUAGAUAUGAAAGAUGCACCCAAUUCUGACAGCCUGACGAAUAAUAUCCGAUUAAAAAAGUGAUAUCAAUGUGUAAUCAAUUCGGAAUAUCAACUUCCCAUGAUCGGCGCACCUAAAUUCGUUGAGUGUUUUGAUGAUAAAACAAUUGGAAAAAUUAUGA